CGCUCUCCUUCCAGUCGAGCAGCGUGGAGCUGAGCGGAGUGUGUGGGAGAGGUACUCGAUUCAUUCUGCGAGAACAGCGACUUCUAGCUGAGUCAGAAUCAGAAUGGACUCCUCCUUGAGUGCAGCUCAGAUCCGCCAGAAGUUCAUCGACUUCUUCCGUCGCUAUGAGCACCAGUACGUCCACUCGUCGUCCACCAUCCCGCUGGACGACCCCACGCUGCUCUUCGCCAAUGCCGGCAUGAACCAGUUCAAGCCCAUCUUCCUGAACACCAUCGACCCCUCCCACCCGAUGGCCAAGCUGCACCGAGCCGCCAACACUCAGAAGUGCAUCCGCGCCGGAGGCAAACACAACGACCUGGACGACGUGGGCAAAGAUGUCUAUCACCACACUUUCUUCGAGAUGCUGGGCUCCUGGUCCUUCGGGGACUACUUUAAGCAACUGGCCUGUAAGAUGGCCCUGGAGCUGCUGACUGAGGAGUUCGGGAUUCCCAUCGAGCGCCUGUAUGUCACCUACUUUGGAGGCAGUGAGGAGGCAGGCCUGGAGCCUGACCUGGAGUGCAAACAGAUCUGGAUUGACCUGGGUGUGGAGGAGGCUCGCAUCCUGCCCGGCAGCAUGAAAGAUAACUUCUGGGAGAUGGGAGACACCGGACCCUGCGGCCCCUGCAGUGAAAUCCACUUCGACCGCAUCGGAGGCCGAGAUGCUUCCCACCUGGUGAACAUGGACGAUCCCAACGUGCUGGAGAUCUGGAACCUGGUGUUCAUCCAGUUCAACAGGGAGUCGGAGACGGAGCUGAAGCCGCUGCCUAAGAAGAGCAUCGACACGGGGAUGGGUCUGGAGCGCCUGGUGUCCGUCCUGCAGAACAAGAUGUCCAACUAUGACACCGACCUCUUCAUUCCUUACUUCGAUGCCAUUCAGAAGGGUACCGGUGCGCGGCCUUACACCGGGAAAGUCGGCUCUGAGGAUGUGGACGGCAUCGACAUGGCCUACCGUGUGCUCGCCGACCACGCCCGCACCAUCACCAUCGCCCUUUCAGACGGCGGCCGCCCGGACAACACCGGGAGGGGCUAUGUGUUGAGGAGGAUCUUGCGCCGAGCAGUCCGUUAUUCCCACGAGAAGCUUGGCGCUCAGAAAGGCUUCUUCGCCUCUCUGGUGGACGUGGUGGUCGAUUCCCUGGGCGAUGCCUUCCCGGAGUUGAAGAAAGACCCCGACAUGGUGAAAGACAUCAUUAAUGACGAGGAGGCGCAGUUCCUCAAAACCCUCAGCAGAGGACGCCGUAUCCUCGACAGGAAGAUAAUAAGUCUGGGCGACUGCAAGACCAUUCCGGGCGACACAGCAUGGCUGCUGUACGACACGUACGGCUUCCCUCUGGACCUGACCUCCCUCAUCGCCGAGGAGAAAGGCAUGGGAAUCGACAUGGCCGCGUUCGAAGAGGAGAAGAAGGCGGCUCAGUUGAAGUCUCAGGGUAAAGGAGCGGGAGACGUGGACCACAUCAUGCUGGACAUCUACGCCAUCGAAGAGCUGAGGAACAAGCAGAUCCCGGCCACAGACGACUCUCCAAAAUACAAAUACACCUCAAAGGAGAACGGAACCUACGAGUUCCAGCAGGCCACGGCCACAGUACUCGCCCUGCGCCGUGACCGCGCCUUCUGCGACGAGGUGACCACGGGUCAGGAGUGCGGCGUGCUGCUGGACCAGACGUCCUUCUACGCAGAGCAGGGCGGACAGACGUUCGACGAGGGCUACAUGGUCCGGGAGGACGACUCAGCCGAGGACCGAACGGAGUUCACGGUGAAGAACACGCAGGUUCGGGGAGGCUUCGUCCUUCACGUUGGCACCGUCUACGGAACCCUGAAGGUCGGCGAUCGGGUCACCCUCCACCUGGACGAGGCUCGCCGCAGGCCCAUCAUGAGCAACCACACGGCAACACACAUCCUGAACUUCGCCCUGCGGGGCGUGCUGGGCGAGGCGGAUCAGAGGGGCUCCCUGGUCGCCCCCGACCGCCUGCGCUUUGACUUCACCGCCAAAGGAGCCCUGAGCACCGGGGAGAUCCGCCGGACAGAGGAGAUCGCCUGUGCCAUGAUAAGAGACGCAAAGGAGGUGUACGCCAUGGAAGCCCCGCUGGCGGCGGCCAAGGCCAUCCAGGGCCUGCGCGCCGUGUUCGACGAGACCUACCCCGACCCCGUCCGGGUCGUGUCCGUCGGCAUUCCUGUGGAGGAGCUCCUGGCUGACCCCAACAGCACCGCGGGCUCCCUGACUUCCAUCGAGUUCUGCGGCGGAACCCAUCUGCAGAACUCGGGUCACGCCGCGCCGUUCGUCAUCGUCUCGGAGGAGGCUAUCGCUAAGGGCAUCCGCCGCAUCGUGGCUGUGACAGGAACAGAGGCCCAGAAGGCCCAGAGGAAAGCCGAUGCCCUGCGCCAGGCUCUGUCCGCCCUGGGGGACAAGGUGAAGCAGCAGACCGCCCCCAACAAGGACAUGCAGAAAGAGAUCGCAGACCUGACCGAGUCGAUAGGCACCGCGGUGAUCUCCCAGUGGCAGAAGGACGAGAUGAGGGAAACCCUGAAGGGCCUGAAGAAGACCAUGGACGACCUGGAUCGCAACUACAAGGCCAACAUUCAGAAGAGAGUCCUGGAAAAGACGAAGGAGGUGAUCGAAAGCAGCCCCAACCAGCCGCUGCUCAUCAUGGAGAUGGAGGUCGGAGCCUCAGCAAAGGCCCUGAACGAGUCGCUGAAGCUGCUGAAGUCGCAGUCCCCCCAGACCGCCGCCAUGCUCUUCACCGUCGAUCCCGACGCCGGCAAGAUCACCUGCUUGUGUCAAGUCCCUCAGGAUGUUGCCAACCGGGGUCUGAAGGCCAACGAGUGGGUCAACGAGCUGUGUCCCCUGAUGGACGCCAAAGGCGGCGGCAAGGACGUGUCCGCCCAGGCCACAGGCAAGAACACACAGUGCCUGCAGGAGGUGCUACAGAUGGCCAACGAGUUCGCACAGCUCAAGCUGGAGGAGAACUGAGAGCAGGUGGAAGGGAAAACACUCUGCAGGGGAAGGAAAUGGGAAUCUAGUAGGAGUUUCUCCAAAAAAUCUUUUACUUCAUCUCUUCUGCCUUUUUAGGUCAGAAACGAUAAUAACCUUAAAAAGUUUGUUUCUCUCAUCAUGUUGAAAGACGACCACUGACACUCAGCCAGCAGUAAAGCAGGCCCGUUGUUCUCACCUGCUCCACAAACAUCCGUCUGAAAAUAACUCCCAACGUGUAGCAAGAUGUCACUCUGAGUGAACGGUGAAUUCAUUAGUUUGGACUAAUGAGUCCGCCUCACUGCUGCAUGCCCGCAUGCAGAGGAGAAACCUAAAGAAGGGAAGCUCUGCACCUGAUUUCAUUUAGCCUCCUGUGAGAAGCGUAGCGCUCUGACGAUGCAUGGAAAGCUGCAGCAGCUCACACGCUCGGCUCCCGAUAAACUGCCGCCCUGCCGCUGUGUUUGUGUUUCAUCUCGCCGUCGUCCUGUUCCUCUCCAAAAAAAAUCCCCCAGGGCACUUUUGUCUUUCUUUUUGGCCUUUUGUACCACCUGAGCUCAGCUCAGAAAGAAAAGU